AUGGUCAACCUCAGCGAAUUAGUAGCUCCCGUAGUAUCACUGAUGAUGUCACUGGUGGCAUCACUGGCAUACUGCAAUGAAGACGCGAAAAGACUGCACGAUGAUUUGAUGGCCAAUUAUAACAAGCAUCGGCGACCAGCUCCAGCAGCUAAUAAACCGAUAACUAUCAAACUGAAGUUGCGUCUCUCACAAAUCAUCGAUGUGCAUGAAAUUGAUCAGAUAAUGACAUGCAGUGUUUGGCUCAAACAAGUAUGGACAGAUGAAAAGUUGUCUUGGAAUCCAAAAAAUUACGGGGGUGUAAGUGUGCUAUACGUCCCGUACGAAAUGAUUUGGGUACCCGACAUUGUCCUCUACAAUAAUGCUGAUAGUAAUUAUAAUAUAACAAUCAGUACAAAGGCGACGCUUCGGUACGAUGGCGAAGUGACAUGGGAACCACCAGCAAUUUUCAAAAGUUUAUGUCAAAUCGAUGUCAGAUGGUUUCCCUUCGAUGAACAACGUUGCCAUUUCAAGUUUGGUUCUUGGACAUACUCUCAAGAUUUAUUGGAUCUGGAAUUAUUAGGCGGUGAGCCACAUUACGAGCUAGAAGUCAGCGCAAAUGGUGAAGUGGAUAAUAUCACCAUUGUCGAUGAUGGGAUCGAUCUGUCGGACUACUAUCCGUCCGUCGAGUGGGACAUCAUAUCAAGAGUUGCAAAGAGAAGAACUAAAAAUUAUGCCAGUUGUUGUCCCGAUGAAGCUUAUAUUGACAUCAUGAUAAUAAAUUUGGUUUUUCCAUGUGUUGGCAUAUCAUUUCUAACUAUUCUUGUAUUCUAUUUACCAUCGCAUAGUGGUGAAAAAGUAACUCUCUGCAUAUCAAUUCUGGUUACUUUAACUGUCUUCUACCUGUUGUUGACUGAAAUUAUCCCUGCUACCAGUAUCAGCUUACCAUUAAUCGGCAAAUAUCUGCUGUUUACGAUGGUUAUGGUUACACUCAGCGUGAUAGUCACUGUCAUAUCUCUGAAUUUGCAUUUUCGAAAGCCUACGACACAUCGCAUGCCUGAAUGGGUAAAAUGGUUUUUUCUUAAGGCAUUACCCAAAAUAUUGUUCAUGAGACAACCACUGAGUGAUGUCAAGGAUUUGUCUUGUAAAGGUGAACAGAUAACGAUGAAUUAUCACGAACAUGCUGUAAGUAGAGAUGACAGGAGCCUAAUUCUGACUGAACCGGAUGAGCGAAUUCAGAAGUUGUAUCAUUCACCGCAUGUAGUAAAAGCAUUCGAAAAUAUUUGCUUCAUUGCCGAAUUGCUCAAGAAAAAAGACAAAGAUGCUAAGGUGGACGAAGACUGGAAGUAUGUUGCAAUGGUACUGGAUCGGUUAUUUUUGUUACUUUUAUCGAUUGCUUGUUUUGCAGGAACCAUCACAAUUCUCCUUCAGGCACCAACACUCUAUGACACUCGACAAGCCAUCGAUUUACAAUAUCGACCCACAAACAUUACUUAA